ACUGUAGUUUUAUAAUUCAUUGAAUAAUAUAUUUCGCCUGCGAGUCUAAAAGGAGGAAACAUGCUCACUGUUCAUUUGAGACUUCAGUCGGCCACUGUAGUUUUAUAAUUCAUUGAAUAAUAUAAUUCGCCUGCGAGUUUAAAAGGAGGAAACAUUCUCACCGUUCAUUUGAGACUUCAGUCGGUCACCGUAGUUUUAUAAUUCAUUGAAUAAUAUAUUUCGCCUGCGAGUCUAAAAGGAGGAAACAUGCUCACCGUUCAUUUGAGACUUCAGUCGGCCACUGUAGUUUUAUAAUUCAUUGAAUAAUAUAUUUCGCCUGCGAGUUUAAAAGGAGGAAACAUUCUCACCGUUCAUUUGAGACUUCAGUCGGUCACCGUAGCUUCUUCACUUCUGCGCAUGUCACGUUCACGUGAGGAAAGUCAGAUGACUCCUGUGUGGCGGUCUGUGAGGGAAGCCUUAUGGGCCAUGUGUGCAGCCGACGCCAUGUCAAUGCCUGUCCACUGGUACUACGACAUCCAUGACAUCAAGCGAGACUUUGGUGGUUGGAUAUCCGGCUUGAACGCGCCCAGAAGCAAACACCCGAGCAGCAUCCUCAGCCUUUCCAGCACCACUGGUAGCGGCCGCACUUGGUGCUUGUCGACUGCCAAUCAAGAGGAGGUGGUUGGUAACGUCAUUCUUCAUGACAAAUUGCCAUUUUGGAAAUCCUCUGGUGGAUCCCCUCAUUAUCACCAAGGAAUGAAGGCAGGUGACAACACGCUCAAUGUCCUGUGUGCCCUCCGAGCCGCUCGAACGCUCGCCAGCGCUGGUUAUGCGGACAUCUCUCUUCCUGAUGCUCGGGCUGCCGUGCUGGUGGAUUACAUUCAGUUCUUGACCACACCUGGCAUGCACAGCGACACAUAUGCCGAGUCUUUCCACCGAUCAUUCUUUUCGGACUGGCAGGACAGCAGGCCGACAUCAAGCCGGGAUGUUCUGGAGUUUGCGGAAAGACGUUCAAGGCAGAAGCUAAGCGCCUCGUUCCAUGACAGCCAGCUGGAUGCUAUCGGUUGUUUUCCCAUGACUCUGCCCUUCAUUCUUCUCUCAGCCUCAAGCAGUGAGGAGGAAGCUGUUUGUGCUGCAGUUGAGUUUGUGAAGCUCUCCCACCCCCACCCCGCUGUGCCCGAGUACGUGUCCAUCUACAGCCGGGCACUGCACGCCGUGCUGGGCGGUGCCAGCGUCUGCCAGCAGGCUGAAGGUGCUCUCAGGACGCUGGGAGUGUGGGACACCUGCAACAAGUACAGUCAACAGGCCGCCAGCUUUCCCGAGUGGUCUGAACAACGCCUGCGGGUUCAUCAGAGUGCUGUCAGUCACCUCGGCCUUGCUUGCUACACCAAAGGAGCACUUUCUAGCAUGUUCUACCUCGCCCACCAGUUUCACGACAACCCCACCGCAGGAAUCCUGGCCAACACCAAUUGUGGAGGGGAAAACUGUAACCGUGGGUCAGCAUUGGGCGCCCUGCUAGGGGCAGGGGGAUCCUACACCGAUGCAACUAUCCCUCAGGACUGGAAGGACAAGUUGACGGACGCCCAGGACUUUAUUCCCAACAUACUGAAGUAUCUGCAGCAUUGACUGAGGAACACCACU